AACCCCGUACUAUCCGUUUGUAUUCCGGCUUCCCUCUUUUCAUUUAUUUUUCCAAAUUAAUACGUUUUAAACCUCUUGGUUUAUACAUUUCGUAACAGCCCAUUUCAGGUCCACGUUUUUUCAAUGGAGGAAACAGACGGAGCUCAAAUGACGACUGCAGAGCCGAUGAAAGAGCGACCGAGGAGGAACAAGAGAAAGUCGGUGGCGGAUGUGGACGCGUCCCCCGAGCGCACAUUCAAACGGCCGUCUUUAAGAAGAGGAAGUUCUUUCACAUUUUUGACACCUGGACCCCAGUGGGAUUUCACUUUGAAACGCAAACGCAGAGAGAAAGAUGACGUUGAUGCAGUCAGCCUAUGCAGCUUCGACUUUAAGGAACCCUGUACAAAGCGCGUGCGGCCGCUGGGCCGAGUGACAUCGCUGGCAAACCUCAUCUCUCCCGUGAAGAAUGGGGCCGUCCGACGCUUCGGCCAGACCCUCCAAGCCUCGUUCCGGGGCGACGGACGGUCUCCGGGCGUGCCCCAGCAGAAGCCCUGCAGCAAGGCGGCAGCCCCAACGCCGCCAAAACGUCGCAACAGCACGCUCUGGUCUGAGACCCUGGACGUCCACCAGAAAGGAACCUUUUCCACGAAGGAGAUUAAGAGACAGGAGGCCAUUUUUGAGCUGUCUCGUGGAGAACAGGACCUGAUUGAAGACCUCAAGUUAGCCCGAAAGGCGUACCAUGAUCCGAUGUUGAAACUCUCAAUCAUGUCUGAGGAGGAGUUGACAGCCAUCUUCGGAGACUUGGACGCUUAUAUUCCUCUUCACGAAGAUCUUCUCGUUCAGCUGGCCAAUGCCACAGGCCCGGACGGUACCGUGAGGCAGAUUGGCAAAAUUGUAGUGGACUGGCUGCCGGGGUUAAAUGCAUACAGAGCAUAUUGUAGUAACCAGUUGGCCGCCAAAGCCCUCCUUGACCAGAAGAAACAGGACCCGAGAGUUCAAGACUUCUUGCAACGUUGCAUCGAGUCGCCUUUCAGCAGGAAACUAGACCUGUGGAGCUUCCUUGACAUCCCUCGCUCACGACUCGUUAAAUACCCCCUUCUUCUCAAAGAGAUUCUCAGACACACACCGCCAGAUCACCCAGACACGGCGAGCCUAGAGGAAGCGAUAAGUAUCAUUCAAGCUGUGCUGGCUGAUAUUAACAUGAAGAAAGGAGAGUCGGAGUGCCAAUACUACAUAGAUAAGCUGGAAUAUCUGGACGACAGACAGAAAGACCCACGCAUCGAGCAGUGUAAAAGCCUGCUGUGCCACGGCGAACUCCGCAACAAAAGCGGCACGAAAUUGCACUUGUUCCUCUUCACGGAGGUUCUCGUCUUGACGCGGCCUGUAACGCGGAACGACCGCCAUUGCUACCAGGUGUACCGUCAGCCAAUUCCGGUUCAGGAUCUUGUAUUAGAGGACUUGCAAGACGGAGACGUACGUAUGGGUGGAUCAUUCAGAGGAGCAUUUAGUAACGCAGAUAAAGCCAAAAACAUCUUCCGGGUUCGCUUCCAGGACUCAUCUCAGGGCCAAUCCCACACGCUUCAGGUCAACGACAUCUUCCACAAGCAGCAGUGGCUCAACUGCCUCCGCACCGCCAUGUCGACCUACAAAGACUCCGCGCUCCCCGAAACCGAAGCCCCGUCCACCCCUCCCAGCGCAGAUGCAUGCACCAAACGCCGUUCAUCCACCCUCUCCUCUGUCAUGCACGUGGAAGAGGCGGACGAGAAUUGCCCACGGAGCGCAUCCUCCGCCCCUUCCUCCCCCAGCUCAGAGGAGCCGCCCAGCCCCACGCCCUCCGCAACCGCCACCCUCUCAUCCUCCUCGUCGUCAUCCGGCCCCUUCCUGUCUCGCAAAUCCAAAAAGGACAAGCGUUCACUUUGCUCAUUGGGCAAGAGGAAGGAGACCAUGGUGUAAAUAAAGCCUUUUGGAGGACUUGGCUAUCCCGUGUGGAGGACUUGUAUUUAUGUGUGUGUAUGGACCGUGUGUUUCUACAGCAGUGUUUGUGUGUUACUGUCCACAAUGGCAGCUAUUAUUACCAAAUCCCACCCCGAAACCCUCCCAGGUCCACACGGGCCAAACCAGUAUCCGAAAGACAGUAUUUGUAAGGCGACUGUGUGGAUCGUAGACAGAAGACACAUCCCGCACACAACCACAACUGUUUGUGUGAAAGCUUUAGAUCGCACAUUUGGUCUCGUUUACUUUUAGUUUGGUCAUAUUUUAUUUUAUUAAUAUUAAUUUUUGUAAUUAAAGUUUUACUUUUUUUAAACUUCUCAAUAAGAUAUUUACUGUAGCUCUUUUUUGUUUUUAUUCAAAAGCACUGUGGUUAACUUUUAGCAAAGAGUUGUGAAAAUAUGAAUGAAAGGAUAGACACCCGCUGAGAAAUUAUGAUAUCCAAAGCAAUGAUUCAUAACGCUACUGGAAAGCAAGUCUUAUUACUACAUUCCCAUUUGAACAGAUGUUUUUAAAUCCAAUUGUUUGUAUCAAAACAGAAUGGAAAAUUGCUACGUUCAGUAGCCGCAUGAUUUUAAGCGUCCAGACGGAAAAUCAAACCUGAGCCAUUUUUCCAGACCCCCUAGUUACGGACGAAUAUUCAAAUGUAGCAUCUUGCAUGGAGCUUUACCUGUUGAGUCCUGCCUAUUAUCAUGAGGGCCCAGUGCAUGUACAUGCUUGUCGAAGCAGAAGCAUUUACGUAGAGAAGACAGUCGCAUAUAGGGGUAGUUGUAUGUUGAAUGAGGGUUUGAGAAAUGUUGACGUGAGACUAGAAGGAAACUUUGGAGUUGCAUUGGACACGACUAGAGAGACUUGAUGAUUGGCACUACUAGAGAUUAGCAACCAUUCAUGGACUUUGGUUUGCUGUUCUUUUAUUUUUGUAGUGUCUUCAUGAAGUAGGAAGGUUUGGUAAUGUUUUUUGAAAAGAAAGAUGAAAAGUAUGUUAGUGAGAAGAAACUGUGGAAGGUUAAAGAAUGUUACGACCACUUGAUGUUUGUCAUUGAAAUUGAUGGAUGUAUAUUUUUGAGAAAGACUGCCGUGGCUUGUAUGUGGUGUAAAAUGAUAUUAAUGAAAAAUAAAGGUCUGUGUAA